AUGUCCCAAAGAAUAGGUAACUCGGCUGCUGCGUUGACCAGAGUAUGGCAUCACAUCGACUUGGCCUCAGAUCCAAGAACCUUGGGUCGUGUUGCUGCCAGCAUAGCCAUAACAUUGCAAGGAAAGCACAAACCAACAUUUUCCCCUAAUAACGACCAUGGCGACUACGUAGUGGUGACAAAUGCUGCCCAUAUGAAAGUUACCGGUAACAAGUUGAAAGAAAAGCAUUACUGGACCCACAACACCCGUCCGGGUUCCUUGAAGCUCAUUCCUAUGGAGAGAAUGAUUGCUAACAAGGGUUACAGCGAAGUUUUGAUGAAAGCCGUGAAAGGUAUGAUUCCAAAGAAUAAGUUAAGAUUGGACAGAUUGGACAGAUUGAAAGUGUAUGAUGGUGAUGAGCAUCCUUACAAGCAGAACUUGAUAGCGUUUGCCGAUGAAGUUUCGGAGAUGAAGGCUAAGGCUGCUGAGUUGGACAGAAAGGAAAAGCAUUUGACCGAGCUUAGAGAAAAGUACCUCAAGCACUGA